AUGCAUUUUGUAUUACUAAUUCCAUUCUUAGCAUUUAUGGUUAUUGCAUCAUAUUACUAAGCUUUUUAUUUACUUAAAUUUCAUAAGAAUUAGGACGAUUAUCCUCUGAAACAAUUGUCACCUAAAAUAACAUUGCAUUAAGGAAUAUUUCUCAUAAUAAGUUAAAUUGUAUUGCUAAUUGAAAUCUACAAGUUCCUAGAUAUUGAUAAGAGGAAUUGUGAAGAGGAGAAUGAAGUUACUAAUGGAUUUAUAGCCUUUUUUUAUAUUUUCUCAAGAGGUUGCUGUUUCUCGUUUGCUUUAUUGAAAACUGCAAGAAUUACUGUAGCUUUUAGUAAAAAGAAAUUGAAACCUCAAAGCUUUUUAGCAAUAUAUUUCUCAAGUGAAAAAUAUUUAUUAAUAACUGGAUACAUAUACACAUUUAUUGGAUUUAUAUUAUUAUCAUUUAUAACUACUUGUAUUGAUUAAAGUUGUGCAAACUGUUGGUUAGAUUAUUAUCAUAAUAACCGAAAGUAUAUAAUGAUCAAUAGCUGCCUUGAAGAAUUAGCUUGCAUAAUUUUGAUGAGUUUCAUAAUUAUUUAUCAUUUGGAAGAUAAACUAUAUAAAUUGACAUUUAAUCUAUUAGGAUAUUAUAUGGGUUGGUUCCUCGUUACUUCAUUGAUAAUCAAAUUCGAUCCAAACCGUUAUUUAAAUUUUGUUGUAACUCUUUCUUUUUUGUUAAGAGCUUUUUUGAUGUUUUAUUUAUAUGUCUAUGAACCAAUAAACUAGAUUGAAGAGCAUCCAACAAAAUAUAUUGCCUUAAAUAAUAUACAGAGCUUUUCAAGGAUUUCGUAAUUAGAUUUUUAAGGCCAUUUUAAAAAUUCUAUUAUCUUGUAAUCAUUUAGUGUCUAUUUAUAAGAUCUCGAUAAUUAAGAUAAAGAUAAACUCAAAUAAUUUCAAGUUAAACUUAAUUUUCUUAAAUUUAAACAACACUAAUUAUAUCAAAACUAUAUGAAACUUUCUGAAUAUCUAUAUUAACCAGCUCCAAUGGAUAUCAUUGAAGAUUAUUUGAUCAAAGAAUUUAAUAACGAUGAGAUUUUACUUCAAUUCGAUAAUUAGGCAGAAGAUUUGAAAUAACAUUUAGGUGAAUAUCUAUCAAAUGUUUAUUAAAUUGGAUUUAAAAACACAAUUGCUUUUCAUACGAUAAAUAACUAUUAUCAGACCUAGGAAACAGCAAUUAAAAAUUUAGAAACUCUUGGUAUGAAAUUAAAUUAGUAUAAUCCUUUAAAAGAUCCCUUGAAAGAAUGA